CCGCAGAUAGAGACUUCCCACGAAAAAGAAACGGGUUGGACGAUAGAGGGUGGAAAAAAAGCAGAGAACUACUCCUGUUUACAACAACAUAAUGGAACCUAAAUGGUCGAAUACCGUCUGCAAGCGUGUUUUACUGACUGGAUUUACGCUAUGUGUUGUAUUCGUCACAUUACCUACGUCGGCAAUCGACAUCCACGCCGAUCCUGAAAUGAUCGUUCAGAAUGGCACCACAGGUGUCCUCCGAUGUACCUUCAAGUCCAGCGAAGUAGUCAGCAGCGCCACCUCAGUAACCUGGUCCUUUCAGUCGAGUCAGCCCGACAGUCAGUUCUCCAAAGCUCCGUACGUGAUUUACUACUUCUCCAAUGGGAAAGGAUUCCCGGGACCAGCCGAGUUCAAAGACAGAGUACAGUUUGUCGGAGAUAUCAACAAGAGGGACGUCUCAAUACAGCUGAGCCCGACUCAGUUCAGCGACAACGGCACCUUCUUCUGUGACGUCAAGAACCCACCAGACAUACAGGGAACGCAUGCUAGAACGGAGCUCAGAGUUGUCCUAAAAGAGUCUCUUCCUCCGAACAACACUGCCCUUAUCAUCGGAAUAGUCUGUGGUGCUUUACUUCUGCUCGUCGCCAUCGCUGUAGCUGCCUGCAUUGCCAUGAGGGUGCUGCAUAACCGCCAUGAUUAUGAAGGAUGUACGUCCUUGGAAAGCGUGAGCUCUCAUGCUCCACAGCCACGAAAGAAGGUGGAGUCCAGCCUGGAGGGCUCCAGGUGUACCAGUCCCUCGGGUCCACUACAGGGCCCGGUGAUAUACGCCCAGUUGGAUCACUCAGGCAGCAAAAACUCGUUCCAUAAGAUGGAGCCAGUGGUCUACGCUGACAUUCGUAAAAACUGAAGAGGAACCGGGGACCAAAAAAAAUAAAUAAAACAAAGUAAAGUAUGAGACCUCUCUAUCAGCUGCUCUUGGGAAGGGUGGGAAUAUAUCACCAGGGACAAAAAUUGGUGCAGUUUCUCUCUCUCUCUCUCUCUCUCUCUCUCUUUCUGUCUCUCUCUCUCUUUGUUUCUUUCUUUCUCUUGUUUUUUUUUUCCAUAUUUUGUCCUCUGAAAGCAUGAUGCUGUGCUAUGAUAAAGUCUCCAUGUGCAUUGUUGUGAUGACGAUAAAACUUAAACACUAAUUUCACAUCACUCCAUCACAUCAGCCUUGAAAUUGUUCUCCAAAACAGGGAUAAAAUUAAAAUAAGAAUGCCUUCAUAGAUAUCAUUCCAAGUGUAAAAAAUAUUUUACUUUAUUCCUUGUAGCUUUGUGCCCCCGAGAAGAAAAAAAAAACUUCUGCAGGCUGUUGCAUCAACUCAAAAUAAUAAAUCUGAGAGCACACUAACUUACAAUCACUACCUAAGCUAGCCACAUCCUAACUGAAGGAACGUUUAAUCCAGAGCAGCAUUGAAUGAAAAUGGAAAAAGAAGCCACUACUAACUAGUUUUUUUUUUUUAAAAAACAACACAUUAUAUCAUGUUUGUUCGACCUUCUUCAUCACCUCAUUCAUUGAUCGCUUUCUGCGGUAUUUUGGUGCUUUAUAAUCAUGGCUGUACGACCAGUUGGUCAUAAACUAUACAAACGUCAAUAAGUAUCAAAGAAAUUCUGCCAACGUCAAAACCUCAACUUACAUGUUUCUGUUAUAAACAGCAGACUGUAGUUAUUCCUCAAAUGUACAUGUCAGCCACAUCAUAAAUGUAACAAAAAAUGUCACAAACUAUAUGCUCCUUGUGUCUCCAUCUAAGGAAAGAGUAAAGCUGAGCAGACACAGCGCCAUUUAAUUUAUCGUUUACGCUCCAUUAACCCUACCUGCCUUUCUGGGCUUUGGUGCUCACAGUCUAUCUGCUCAUGACAAAAAGAGAUCAGAACAGAUUAUAUUUCUUCAACAAUUUCCACUUUUUUUAAAAUCCAAACUAGAUGUUUGCAUCCUCAAAAAUGCUGUUAACAAAAGGGAAGAUUAUCUGCGUUGUCGACUAAUUUGUCCUUUAUCUCCUCGAUUAAUUGUUCGUUUAUUUAAGAUGGCAGAAAAUAGUGAAAAAUCUGCGUUUCCAAAAUCCCAACUUGACAAAUAUCUUGUUUUGUCUGCAACCCAAAGAUGUUCAGUUUGCUGUGAAGAGCAAGAAAGAAAUUUUAAAAAUAUGAAAAUUUAGGCCGCUGGAAUCCGAGAAUUUAAAAAUGAUUUUUCAACUACCGAAAUAGACUGCAAUUUAUUUAGUAUUUGAUAGCUAGUUGAUUUAUUGUUACAGAAAACAAAAUGAAACUGAAAUGCAAACUGGAUAUGGACAAAUGGCUGAGAAAAAAGUCUGUUUUGCAACAGAGUCUUAGUUAAAACAACACUCAAAAACCCUUUUAAGCGAAACUAUUUUCAUCUCACUAAAUGUUUGUUUGUAAUGAUCUGACAACAGUUUUGUGAGAAAUCAAACUGGAGCAACUAAAACUGCAAACAAUAUCUGACUUGCCUUAAGUUCAACCAGAUAAAGUUCAAUCUAGUCUUGCAUAGCUGGGCCAAUCUAAACCGCUCUGGAGAAUGGUCUGACUGCACCCAAUCAAAUCGAAUUAUCAUUCCGAUCAAAAGCAAUUUGUAUGCCUUUAAAUCAGUCGUCUUAGGCAGCCCUAAGCCCAGGAUGUAGUGAUGGUGCUCCUUCAAAAUAGUGACGGGGAUGAUGUUUCAGUGAAACAUUUGGGAAAUUCAUUGAAAAUAAGUAGGACUGCCUUACCGCACGAGCAAAAUCUUUUAGCAAAACUUGAAAUUUCCAGUAUAUCAGGGGUUGUUGUUGGCGAUUCCACCCUUACAGCACAUCCCAACCAUCCACAUGAUCGUCAAAUUUAAGUUACUCCUGGUGCUGCGAUUAAUCUGCACUAUGUCUGUCCAGCGUUACGCCUUCCAGCGCGAGUUCAAAGUCCUCGUCUCAGCUUCAUAUCACAAAUCUACGUUGUUACUACUUUGCACAUAGCUGGUGCAACAGUCUGCUGAAGCCACAGGUCAUCUCCACCGGCGGGCACUUCCAUAGUGAUCUUGUUUUGUAGAGGCGUCUAAUGUAGAGCUAGAUUUUUACAUGGCCUUCAGUACACUCUGCAUGCAGCUGUAAUAACAUCUACAAAAAAUAACUUUGGUACUCCUCGGCUAGUUUUAAGCACAUGAAGCUGUCUGACGUUGUAUUACUGUGAAUGCUUCAGUUCUCUGUAAAAGUUCUGGCAUGUAGUUGUGGUACCUUUUAAAGACACUGCCUCCCUUGUUGAUUUUCACCUCAGUGGAACAUACAGCAUCUUUCAGUUUUUAAUUCGUUCCAGAUCACUCCGAGUUUCUGAUUCAGUGCAUAUAAACACACAAGUAAUGCAACCCAUGUAGAUUUUUUCGUCUGAGAAGCCUCUAGUUGCGGUUCAUUAUUUCAUGUUAGCUUUAGUUCAUUUUAAAAUUUGUGCAUUAAAAACUAAAUGUUCAAUUGAGGUGAAAUAUCUCCUUUUUAUAAAAUCUGGGAGAUGUCAUUUGUUGAACAAGACGACUUAUAAAUACACUGUUUGCAUGCAAUUUACUAACAUACCAAUCAUGAUUAUGAAAAUAUACGUCCUUUUUUUUUUUUUUAAAAGCUGUGUAUCACGUAAAGCUCUUUUUUUUCCAAACUAAUGGGCCAAAUAUGUAAUAUCAACAGUUUUUUUGUUUCCAGUUGCUUUUAAGCUUUGAAUGCAUUCCAAAUUAUUAUUAUUUUGUCUUAAAGCAUUUAAAAGCCAAAUUUUAUGUUGUAAUUUUGUCUGUUGAUGGUUCGGUUACCUAUGAGAAUGAUACUUGUGUCGCAUACAGUCUGAACACCUUUAGCUUGUGAUUCUGAAUGCAGUAAAUUUCCAUGCUGAUCAGUGUUUGUAUAUAUUUCUUGCUCAUCAUGUAAGAUAUAGUGCUGUUUACUGUAACUCAUUCCAGUGUGGUCGGGCUGUGGAUGACUUUCCAGAGGUGGGAAGUAGUUUGCUGUAGAGGUCUGGACAGAUGGUGGCAUGCUUUAUGUUUCUUCUCUUUAGUCUUAAUUAUUUGUCGCCGGACACUCUGAUAUCUUGUAUACGGUGCCUGCAGCUGGUGUCGAGUCUGUUGGUCCAAAAUGGAAUGAAUUAAGCUUUAUUUUUUUUAAACAACUGGGUGCACAAAAAAAACAAUUAAUGUAAUGUUUCUGCAGCUUUAGGUUAGUUUCAAUUAACAAUCCGUUAUUUAACAUAGUGAAAAGAUGAAGUUAGUGAACCAGAAUAAAUAGCUUCAAAAGGGAAACAAACUGAAUGAUUUGCGAUCUGCUGAUUCCAGAUUUAACCAUGUGCAGUUUAAAGUUGAGCCUGGAUCCUGAAAAACUCUUCUAGAUGAUGUGAUCUGGAGGAGUUUUGCAAGUAAAUGUCUCAGUAGAGACAGCAUAAGUGGAAAAUAAGUUGUACUUCCUAUUAUAAUGCCAGAAAGCCGCUCUUUUUUGUCAUUUACUUCCACUAUGUAGAACAUUUUGUUGCAGUUUAUUGAACAUAAACCACUGACAGCACAUUGUAUUGCUUCUUUUUCUUACCCAAGAUUGAUUGUAUCAUUGUGAAUGUCACGCAUAGUGUUCAUGUUGAUGUUCACAGUAGGUUCAGAUGAACUUUACAAGCCUGAAAGACUGUCAAACUCAUCACACAUCUGAAAACUAAAUCUAUACGUAGAAUACAACUCUAUCGUCCCAUCAGGCCAGAAAAUGUGUUCAUAAAUCAUUAGUGUUAAAGCAAUAUAUGUCACCUUUUUAACCUCCUUUCAUAUCAUGUGCUAACCUUAGCAGUCAGCUGUAUUUAUGCAAUGUCAGUAAGACAAGAAACCGGCGCAAAUCGAAGUCAACUGUGCUUCAUAAUGUCUUUUAAUGUGCUUUUUGAUUUACAUCAGUCAACAGAAGAGUGAUAUAUAGGUGUGAUCUUUUGCUAGCAGAUGAAGAGUGAAGGCUGUUGGAAUUAACAGAUAAAAGCAAAAUCAUGUUUUCUGAAAAAAUGAUUUGCUCGAGCAGUUAAAUGUUACCAAAAAAUCUUUGGGUUUAAAAGCAAUUUAGGAAAAUUUACAAAAUGAGCAUAAAUGAAAUAAUAUCCCUAUAUUUUCAGGUUAUUUUGCUUUACCGCUAAAUGUUAUGCAAUAAUUUAAAAUAUACCUCUUUUAUGUUAUAAUGUUGUCCUAAAAGUGUGCAACAGUUAUUAUAUACCAGCUAACAAUGCUAGCAGUUAGCUUAUGUUACAUUACAUUAUAGGAGUGUACUGUUUUGCUUGUUAGCUUGCUAACAUGCUAACAAUAGCAAAGAAUACAUCACUGCAACAGCUGGAACUCAGUAGAGCAUGCUAUCAGUUAGCAUGUUAGCAUGCUACAUUGGAAAUAAUCUCUGACAGGAACACUUUCAUUUCUUGGAAUAGAAAAGUUGGACGUGUAAAAUCUUCCCAGUUAGCAUUUCUAAACACUAUGUAAAUGGUUUCUAACACACUUAAUGUAACUAUAAGCAGAUUAGAGUGUUUAAUAAUGUGUUUGUCAACAGCUAGAAUGAAUAAAGCUGCUGUAUAAACAGAUAUUGAAACAUAAUGCAGUAAAACAUUAAUAUUAAAUAUGUUGUUGACGUUCUAAUUGUUGACAAAUGCUGUACUUAAAAAUAUUGUUAAUAUCAACUUGUAACUACAUUAAAGUGUGUUAAAUACACAGUGAUUUUGUUUAUAAAUGCUAAAUAAAGGAUUAAACAGACAUUUGCAGCUUUUGGUGGAGCUAGAAGUGAAAAGUAAGAGUUGCACCAUUUGAACCUUGUGCAUCGCGUUAAUUCUUUGUUUUACUGCCACAGUGUGCUCAUAGAAAGUGAAAUCUUUUUAUUUAAUUUUGAAUAAAUCAUGAAUGCACAAUGCUAACUCCCUUUUCAUUUGCAACUAAAGGUCAAUAGGAUUGUUUAUUUGGCAGAGUUUUGUUUCAACUUAAAUUCUGUGUGUGUAACAAGUUUAUUUAUUCCCACGUUUUUUUGGUUUAGUUUUUUUAUUUUAAUUUAAAACGGCGUUCUGACUGAAAUUUUUUUUUAUUUGGUCCAUUUUGGCUCAACUAUGGCUGCAGGUGCUGUGUUGUCUUCCAUCUUUUAAGUCUUUUCUGUCGUUUUCUGCUUGUUUACUAGUUAGCAGCAUGUUUUUUCAGUGUAUUGACCAAAAUGAAAAAAGAAACCAACAAUGUAAGAUACUGACAAAAACCAUUAACUGCUGGUCGCUUUGCUCCUGAUUGUGACUCGUUGCAGUGUUUAGUGCUGUUGUAGAAAUUGUGAUGUAAACUAUAAAUUAUGAAAGAUUUCCGAUCCGACUGAGCCGUCGCGCUUCGUGUGGUGUUUUUGAGUGAAUGCAGGCUGCACGGUUCGCUCACGACGAGUCUUAAAGCGUGGCGCUCAGCGUUUCCUCGAUGGUAAAUAGUUGUGUGUUAUUUGAGAGUUGUUUGGUAUGUUAUGUUGUAAAAUCUGCACUAUGUCUUGCAUAUCAAAGACAACAAAAUGCCCUGUGAUUUUUAUUUUGUUUAUUUGUUUUAUUUUUUUUAUUCAUCUCUGAAUGACCUUGGCCUCUGUUUAACGUCUUUAAAACUGGAAUGUUGUACAUUUAGUGCCUUUUGCAUUUCAUCAGCUAACUUGAACAUCUGCUCAAAAUAGAAAAAAGAUAAGAUUCAUUUAUUUUCCUUUUAUUGUAUGUAUUUUUUUAUACACAUAAUAUCGCCUCUGUAUCCACUGUUCAAAUUUUAUAUAAAACUUAUUCCUGGCCAAUUA